UGUAAAAUCUUUUAAACGGAUAUUUCAAUUAUAUUUAAUUUAAUUUGAACAUUUCCACAAUAAUGUCGGAAAAAGAGCAAGAAAAAGGACCCGAAAUAGUGACGGAACAAGAAAGGGAAAUCGCACAGAAUGCCCUAACAGAAUACAAAAAGAAAAAUUAUUCCGCUUGUUUGCAGAUAAUAAACAAAUUAGAAGAUAGAAAUACCGAUUUGAAAGUGGUCCAAAACAAAGCGGUAGUAGAAUAUUGUAAAAACGACUUCAAAAGGACAGAGCAAUUCCAAAAACAUCUAACAAAUAUAUGCAAUCAAUUUCAGAUAAAAUCAGGUUCCUUAGAUGACAUCGACCAUUGUAUCGUUCAAUAUAACCAGGCUGUGUUACUCUAUCAUCGUAAACAGUACACAGCUGCCCAACGGAUAAUGGAAAAAGUGUACAAGUUUAUAGAACCCAUGGACGAGUCAUUAGCGAAGCAAGUCAGCCUGCUCGCUAUUGAACUGCAAUUGUGCCUCGGGCAACCUGACAAAGCUCUUACUUUGAUUAAUUAUUUGGAGAAUAAUUUGAUUUAUGGCGGUAGUAUUCCUUUGAAAGGUCUGGAUAAAAACGGAAAGGAUAGAAAAAUACAAUUACCGCCGCCCAAACCUAUUUCAGAGGAAUUUAAAAGGAAAUUAUUGAAAUAUAAAAUAAGGUGCUAUAUUAUGAAUCACAGCAUAAAAACGGCCCUUAAGGAUGUUCAGUUGUUACUUAAGGAUAAAUCAAAUAUAGAAGCAAUGUUUAUGUCGGCAAACCUUGAAUAUAUGCAAGGUAAUUUCGAAAAUGCGAUGAAGGUACUUUCUUCUAUACCAAACGACAGUUUAUCCUACAGCGACUGCGGUGAAUCAUCGAAAAUACUAUUCUACAACAAUACGGGUGUCAUUCAUUACGCUAUGGGAAAGUACAAUUUGGCCUGUUAUUAUUUUCAAACGGCUUUAAAAGAAGACAUAAGGAUAUGUCAAAAUUUACAAAUUACCGAUGAUAAUGAUAAGCCGUUGUAUACCUUGGGAGGAUCCAGAUACCACGAAUUAAUGUACAAUCUUGGUAUAUCAUUAUUACACGCCAAAAAGCCUACCCAAGCAUUCGAUUGCCUGAUAAUAGCAGUAAGAAGAUACCAUAGGAAUUCCAGAUUGUGGUUGAGAAUAGCCGAGUGCUGCAUUAUGUUACACAAAGAGACAAACGAAGUAGAUUUCGAAGAGCAGAAAAAUCUAUUAGUCGAAUUCGUCGGUUCCAAGGAGAAACGGAAGGUGAUUCUCGUUACGAAUCUCUCCAAAGACAAAAAAUAUAGCUCGGAGAGUCAAUCAUACGCUGUGCCCGUCCCUACUUUGGAAUUCGCCUCUCUGUGUCUGCGGAACGCCCGGGCGCUGAUUCCAUCUGACACGGCGCCGCCGGCGCCUCUUUUUCUAAUACCGGGCGUGACGCCGCCUCCACCGCCCCCCAAUCCUGGUCCCGGUCCCUCCAACGCGCUGCGACCUGACGGCGUCGCGGCGCUUGCGAACGCCGUCCUUUUGGCAAGCGCUUACGUGUCGCUGUGCCUCGGGGAUUACAUCCUAGCGUUGGAGCACUCCAAGCAACUGUUGAGUCAGCCGAGGUUGUCUGAAGUACACAGAUUGCUAGGUAAUUUGUACGCGGCGGAAUGCCUGGUAUUGUUAGACAAAUCAGCGGAGGCUUUGGAGCAUCUGGAUCCGGAGAUGAUAAAGAAUUUGUCGCAUCACUUGGAGCCUGAUGAGGAAACUGAUCGGGCGGCAGACGAAGAUAAUUUGAGAACAAAUCCGCCUGAAAAAUGGUUUCCGGAUAACCUGCAGAGCGCUUGUUCUGUAAUACAAUAUAAUAUAGCUGUUGUGAAGACUAUAAGAGGGCAAUUGGACCAGGCUGCUGUGUUGUUGAGGCAAAUUUGGCAUAAUAAAAAAACAUCCAAAGUGCCCGCACAUAUAAUUAUGUUGUUUAUUUAUAUCGAAUUGCAGUUAGGUCAUGCGGACGUAGCAAAAAAUUUACUGCGACAAUAUCAGUAUCGAAUAACAGGAUAGCAUAAUAUCAAGUUCAAUCGAAUUGUAUAUCAUUUCAUUGUGAUUAAUUGAUCGACGGACUGGCUUUAUUAAAUUAUAUAGAUAAGUAAC